AUGGAUGAAAGCCCUCAGCUACCCCCACAAGUGAUCGCAGCAUUAGCACAGGAUGAUCUCGGACCCAAGACUCUUGCACUUGUCUAUUCGUUCACCUUCCUAGCCCUCAUAAGUGUGGCACUGCGCUUCUUUUCGCGGAUCAAGCUUACCAAAUUCAUCGGUUGGGAGGACUACUUCAUUGGCAUAUCAAUGGUCUUUGAUAUUCUCGCAGCUGUCUGUCAAAUCAAGCAGGUGCAGGCAGGCGCUGGCAAGCAUACAGUGCUCGUCCCUUUGCCUAGAAUCAUCGAAAGCUUGAAAUAUCUCUACUUUAGCAUCCUCGCCUUCGCAGCAGGAUCUACCUUCACCAAAGUUUCGAUCUGUCAGCAAUACAAGCGUAUUUUCGGCGUCGCGGAAAGCAAGCUUCCCAUCUACAUUGUCAUGGCCCUUUGCGUUGGAGGGGGUACUUCGGCAUUCUUCACCUUUGCAUUCUCUUGCAUACCAGUUGAGGCGUCCUGGGAUCUGACGCUAAAGCCGACGUCAAGAUGCAUCAACGAUCACGCAGCUCGCUCCGCCCACAGCUUCACGAAUAUGAUCACCGAUUUGAUGGUCGCCGCGCUCCCAGUUCCAUCAAUCUGGCGUCUCCAACUCGUGCGCCGCCAGAAAAUCGCACUCGUAUGCCUCCUCUGUGUAGGCUGGAUCGUGUGCAUCAUAUCCGCCUUGCGCAUCCAGUCGCUCUAUGCCUCCUUCCGCCAUCCCAAAGAUCCCCUCUACUACUCCGCCCCACCUGUCUAUUGGGCCAGCAUCGAACAGAGCCUCUCCAUCGUCUGCGCAUGCGUACCGGCUAUGAAGCCGCUCGUCGUACGACUCGUGCCCGCGUUUACAUCUCUUAGCAAGAGCACCCCACGCUCUGGGAACGGAAACAGCUUGGUCCUCGGGAAGUACGGGAAGAGUGGUGCCAGUAAUGCGGGUGCUGAGGUGGAACUCGGCGACACGUCGAGGCUGCGGGACGAUUUCAUGCUGCCGCCUCCGGUGUAUGGGAAGCACGAUAUCAGAGUCAAGCAUGAGAUCACGAUGAAGAGCGAUGCGAAGAGCGAAAAUGAAAGUGAUAGGAGGUGUAGUGAGGGAAGUGGUGGCAGCGAGGAUGUCAUUCUCAACGGGAGGGUUCCGAAUGAAAUGGCGUGA